AUGGCCCAGUGGUCCGCACCUCCUCCGCCAACGCCUCCGCCUCCACCUCUCGCCGCGCCGCCGCCGCCCGGCGCCUCGGUUAAGGGCCCGCCGGCGCGCAAGCUGCUUUUCAUGUGCACCUUGUCCCUGUCCGUCACCUACCUGUGCUACAGCCUCCUGGGCGGCUCGGGCUCCCUGCAGUUCCCCCUGGCGCUGCAGGAGCCGCCGGCCGCCGCCGCCGAGCCCCCGCCAAGCCCGCCGCCACCCUCUCUGCCGCCUCCCCCCGUGCGCCUCGGCGCCCCCUUGCAGCCGCCCGAGCCGCCGCCGCCGGACAACGCGAGCCGCGGGGAGCCGCCCGAGCCCCCCGAGCAGCCCGCCGCCCCCGGGGCCGACGGCUGGGGGCUGGCGAGCGGCGGCGGGGGAGCCCGGGACGCCUGGCUCCGGACCCCGCUGGCCUCUGGCGAGAUGGUCACGGCGCAGAGCGCGCUGCUGGAGAGGGAAGCGCAGGAGUCCAGCACCACCGACGAGGAGCUCGCAGGCCGGAGGGCGGCCAACGGGAGCAGCGUGAGGGGCGGCGCCGUCAGCACCCCCGACUACGGGGAGAAGAAGCUGCCACAGGCGCUUAUCAUCGGGGUCAAGAAAGGAGGGACCCGCGCGCUGCUGGAGGCGAUCCGAGUGCACCCGGACGUGCGGGCGGUGGGCGUAGAGCCGCACUUCUUCGACAGGAACUAUGAAAAGGGGCUGGAAUGGUACAGAAAUGUGAUGCCUAAGACUUUGGAUGGGCAGUUAACCAUGGAGAAGACACCAAGUUACUUUGUGACAAAUGAGGCCCCCAAGCGCAUCCACUCCAUGGCCAAGGACAUCAAACUCAUCGUGGUGGUGAGAAACCCCGUGACCAGGGCCAUCUCCGAUUACACCCAGACACUGUCAAAGAAACCCGAGAUCCCCACCUUCGAGGUGCUGGCCUUCAAAAAUAGGACCCUAGGGCUGAUCGAUGCCUCCUGGAGCGCCAUUCGAAUAGGGAUCUAUGCUCUGCAUCUGGAAAACUGGCUCCAGUAUUUCCCCCUCUCUCAGAUCCUCUUCGUCAGCGGAGAGCGACUCAUAGUGGACCCCGCUGGGGAAAUGGCCAAAGUACAGGAUUUUCUAGGCCUCAAGCGUGUUGUGACUGAGAAACAUUUCUAUUUCAACAAAACCAAGGGGUUCCCUUGCCUAAAGAAGCCAGAAGACAGCAGCGCCCCCAGGUGCUUAGGCAAGAGCAAAGGUCGGACUCAUCCCCGCAUCGACCCCGAUGUGAUCCACAGACUGCGGAAAUUCUACAAACCCUUCAACAUGAUGUUUUACCAAAUGACUGGUCAAAAUUUCCAGUGGGAACAGGAAGAGGGUGACAAAUGA